AUGGAUAACAACACGGGCUCCCCGUUGUUCAUCGCCAACGAAGCGCUUUGCUACUAUCCUAUCUCCACAAUCUACAACUCCUGUCCACGAUAUCUCUUCUACGCCCUUUUGAUUGCGAGUUGCGUGACAAGAUGGACUGGAUGGCUUGCUGAUGUCUUUCUCGGCGCUGCGGCAACCUACGCAGGAACCGCGGCAAUCCAAACAUUCAUCAUGGUUUCCAGCAUCCAAAAGCCCCAGGAUCCUGGGCCAGUCUCCAUCCCGUGGAUCUCCGCCAACUCCAGUCUCCUCAACGAGUUCCCAUCACUAAUCACCGAAAGGGAUCAUGUCCUAGUUUUUCCGGCCUCUUAUGAGCUCGACGCAGAUGCGGUGAUGGCUAUCGUUGUGACUGGUUACCUUGUUUUUCUACCAUUGCAAUGUUGGUCCCGUAUCUUGACACACGAUCGUGCGCGCAACUUGCUAUUUUACGUUUGGAAUGCCCUCAUGCUCGCAGGUUCAAUAUGCGCCCUUGUUUAUGCGGCGCGAACCCCUAAGAUUCCCGUUCAAUACAUGUUCUGCUAUCCGGAUAUCCCACCCUUCGGCGAUACCUCGAAUGACGGAUGGCAGGCUUCUUGGCGAACUUCGACAUGGAACAAUAGCGUUUGGCAAACCUUUUCCAAUAUUUCUCAAUGGGGUCAGCUGGGGGAUAUUUGCUUCAACCCUUGCUUCAAUACCACACAGAUUCUCCGGCAAAGUACUUCUUUGCACUCUGUCACCGCGACAGAUGAGACGGAAGCUCCAAGAUCGCACGGGUUCUGGAGGGCUGUUCUUUACUCAAAGCGAUAUAUCUACAGCCUUAUCAUUCUCUGUCUGAUCCUCAACUGCCUCCUCUUGACCUAUCGAUUCCUUCCGUAUCGCUCGCGUGUUCCCUCUGCUCAGAUCGUCGUCAUUUGGAAGGAUCGCAAGAGGAUAUGGAAUAGCUUCAAGGAAGAGAUACAUUCUGCAAUGAGACCACUUCGUAUUGGCUCAGAUUCGCAACAGGAGGAUUUGACACCGACAAACAAGAAAAAGUCCGCAAUGACCCGAAUCCGGCCCAUUUUCACUCGUCGUUUUCUUCGAACAUUUGUGCAUAUAUCUGUGGAUGUAAUGAUCCUGUUUGGCAUUGUUUUCAGCAUGAUAGUGAGCCCAUUUACUAUCGUGGCGUUUGUUGGUUGGAUUGAAUUUCAAAUCUACAACGACGGGCCUUCGCAAGAAAGUCCACGACAAGUUGGACAAUGGGCAUACCUAGUCUCGAUUGCUUUGCUUGUGAUAUCUGCUGGGAUUCUCACCCUGAAAUACAAGAUUGCCUCUUUGACUGAGCUGGAAAAUGAAAUCGAAGACACGAAAAAGCAUUUGGAUUACUUGGAGAAACGGAAGGAAGAACGGUCUACGGCCGAUACAUUUCACUUGCGAGGUUUGAGGGAUCAAAUUAAGCGCAGUUAG